AGUACAAAUUCUGUCAUCCCUGGUUUAUUUAUAACGAGCGUUCUAAUCUUUAUUUAAGUUUUUCUUUCUUCUAACUUUUUUUUUUUUUUCGCUAUUUCACAUGCAAUGGGUAUCAGUACCUCACGCAGUCUUAAACAUGAUAACGAAACAUAUGUCACUUGUCAUCUUCCACAGGAUCAACAUGAAUUAGAUAGACAACGUGUACAGAGUUAUAUUUUACGCUGGGUUUUUGAAAGUCGGCAUAUCGUUCCACCGAUGAUUAAGGACAUGCUACUAGAUGGCAUUCGGGUACUUGACGUCAGUUGUGGACCAGGACUAUAUGUUGGCAAUCCUUUUAUGGACAUGGCACAAGACUUUCAUAAAUCAACUUUUGAUUCAAUAGAUAUUUGUAAUUUGAUGGCUCGAAAGCAAGAAAUGGAUACAAUUUAUCAUGAAGAAGUAAAAUUGUCUCCGCCUGUUGGUCCCCAAAAGUUACUUGAUAACUUCACAUUCACACCAUAUAAUGUCGUGAAAGAGCACCGGAUACCCUACCCAGACGAUACAUUUGAUUACACUCAGCAAAGUUUAGUAACAUUGGCCUAUGCUAAAGAAGAUUGGAAGACCGUCAUGUUGGAUUUAAAAAGAGUAACCAAACCAGGUGGUUACAUUCAAUUAUUAGAAAUUGACUUGUGUCCACAACCCUUAGGAGAUGCAAGCGGAUUAUGGCGGGACCAAGUUCUUCAAUGUUUCGAAGAUAAACGGGGUCUUGACAUAGGAAUCCCUAAACGACUAAAUCAGGUUUUGGCAGAAAUUGGCCUAAUUGAGAUAGAAACACGUUUUGUAUCUGUGCCGGUUGGGUCAUGGGGCCUUGACAUUGGGCUUUUAUGGGAAGAAAAUUUAAACAGCUUUUUGGAAGCCAUGAGGCCCUAUCUUGUGGAAGCCAUGCAAGUAACAGAUGAGCAGUACAAAAAAGAUAGAGCUGCCUUUCAAAAUGAGUUACAGAACGUAAAAGCAUUUAAUAAUAUCUGUAUUGCUUGGGGUCGGAUACCAUUGUAAUAAGGAGAAUUUGCCUAUCACAUACACACUAAUCUUAAUAAAAUCCAAAAAGGAGUGCAUCAUCAUCAUAAACCCCUUCCC